CUUAGGGGCUGUUUAACAUCUGACUGCAGCUGCAUACGACCUGCAAUCAGCUUGCUGGAGAAGAGUGCUCAGCAAUGGUUCGACGUGUGGCAGUGGUUGGAGCAGGCAGUUCUGGACUGGCCUGUAUCAAGAUCUGUGUUGAGGAGGGCCUGGAGCCCGUCUGCUUUGAAAGCAGUACUGAUAUUGGCGGCCUGUGGAAAUUUAAGGAGUCACCUGAGCCAGAGCGAUCCAGCAUCUAUCGCUCCUUGGUGGUCAACACCUCCAAAGAGAUGAUGUGCUUCAGUGAUUUUCCCAUGCCAGCCAACUAUCCAAACUACAUGCACAACUCCCAGCUGCUGCAGUACUUCAGGCUCUACGCUGAGCACUUUGACCUGCUCAGAUACAUCAAUUUCCAGACCACAGUAAGGAGUGUCACACAAAGGCCAGAUUUCUCUCUGUCCGGUCAAUGGGACAUAGUGACCACUAACAGAGAUGGAAAGGAAGAGAGACACAUCUUUGAUGCAGUUCUGGUGUGUUCAGGCCACUACACCCGUCCAGCCUUCCCCCUGUCAGACUUUCCUGGACAUGAGAGGUUUUCUGGCAAGUGUUCUCACAGCUGGGAAUAUAAAGAUGCAGACGCCUACAGAGGGAAGCGGGUGGUGGUGGUCGGUAUUGGCAAUUCUGGUGGAGAUAUUGCAGUUGAGAUUAGUAGAUCUGCGGAGAAGACAUUUCUCAGCACACGCCAUGGGGCCUGGGUGAUCAGCAGGAUGUCCAGUAAUGGCCUUCCCGUGGACAUGACAUCUAUCACCAGGCUCAACGACAUCCUCCAACUGCUUCUACCCGCCACGCUGGUCAACUGGGCAGUAGAGAGAGCACUGAACCAAAAAUGUGACCACAGUUUGUACGGCCUGAAGCCGAAACACAGACUCCUGGACAGGAAGCCUUUGCUCAAUGAUGACCUUCCUCGUCAAAUCCUCCAAGGAGCGCUAGUAAUGAAGCCCAACCUGAAAGGCUUCAGGGACUCUGGAGUCAUAUUUGAAGAUGGCACUGUGGAGGAGAACAUUGAUGCUGUGGUCUUCUGCACAGGUUACAAUAGAGACUUCCCAUUUCUGCCCCUAGCUCUGUCUGAGGGGCCUCACGGAGAGCUGACAUUGUACAAGAGGCUGUUUCCUCCUUCUCUUUUACAACCCACACUGGCCGUCAUGGGUCUUUUCCAGGCAAAAGGACCGAUCAUGCCCGUUGUGGAAAUGCAGGCGCGGUGGGCUGUUAAGGUUUUUGCCGGUCUGAGCCAUCUUCCAUGUGAGAAGAAAAUGCUGGAGGUCACUGAGUCUGAUAUGAGGAGAAACAUGAAAAGCUAUCCUAGCCAGCAAGAGGCUGCUCUCCAAAUAGAUUACAUCCCCUACCUGGAUUUCAUGGCUGGGGAGGUCGGGGUUCGACCAAACCUCCUGAGACUACUACUGAGUGAUCCUGUCCUCUGGGCGAAGGUCUUCUUUGGUCCCUGCACUCCAUAUCAGUAUCGUCUCACCGGGCCUGGAAAGUGGGCUGGAGCGCGUCAGGCUAUCCUCACCCAGUGGGAGCGGGUGGUUCGGCCUUUCAGAACCAGAGCAGUACCAGAACCAGAGAGGAGGUCUUUCUUCUGUUCGGCCUGGCUGCUCUUAUUUUGGGGAACUGUGAUAACAGCUGUGCUUCUGUCUAAAAAUGUGUUUGUUCCAGUGCUGCAGGGUACGACUCAGAUUAUGGACAGAUGCAAGAUUUUCCUCAAGGACCCCUGGUUCACUGGUUUACCACAGUAACAUAACACACGCACAUACGUAAGAGGUCUGAGAAGUCAUGCACAUUACAUUCAGCCUCCCUUUUGAUGUGAUGCACAAAUGCUGCACGUGUCAUAAUAUGGGAUUAUAAAAUUGUGAAAUUAGUUUCCUCUCUUCUAACAGGUGUGUCAGUUUCAAAGGUCGGAACAAACUGCACACCACCAUUAAGCAUGCAGGAAAUCCAAAAUUGAAAUCAUGGUUUAACAUGACACACACAGUCAUAAACCUUGGUCAGGAAGAACAUUAUCAACAGUCACAUGGUUCAAACAAAACCAUAAUGUUCUCAUACGGAAUCUAAGUUCAAGGUAACUAAACUUGUGUUACACAUCAUAAGUUUAAUUACCAGAACCACUGAGACUCCACACUGGGGAGAAGAGCGAUAGGUAGUAUUCUGUCGGUGACGAGGAUUAUUAUUAUUAUUAUUAUUAUCAAAAUAACUUCAUUUAUUUAAGUCUAUGUUAACUUUCUCUCUGUCCUUUUAACUUGUGGAAGUGUUUGUCGAAUGGGCUUCAGUUCGUAACAUGGUUGUGUUUUUACUUAUUUAAGUUUAUUAUCAUUUUAUUAAAAAAAAACUUUAUCUGAUUAGUUGCACAGGGUUAGAUGAGACGAUUCUUACCACUGUCAUGUCUGUAUGAGUGAUACGUAGCAGGAGACGGCAGCUGAUUAGCUUAUCUUAGCAUUAAGACUUGAAACAGGGGGAACAGCUAGCCUGCCUCUGUACAAAGGCAACAGAACCCAUCUAAAGCUAACUAAUUUACACCUUGUGUGUUCUUUGUUUCAUCCAUCGCAAACAGAAGUGCAAGAAGCAAAUCCAGGCGCAACAUACAGGUUUUCUCUUUUGACUCGUGCAGCAACUGGUUUCUGACUCCGGCAAAAACAUGCAACUGCAGUACAACAAAGGGCAAUUGCUUGAAUCUAACCUGUGCAUCUAACACUUUGAUUUUAAAAUUAGGAAUUUCUUAUUCUUAUUUUUUAUUUUGAUUCUGCUGCAUGAAAUGUCUCUUAACAAAUAGCCAAUAAAGUUUGAGACUGUGA